CUUCUGUGUUUACUACCAGCUGACAUCCGGCGUCUUCCCGUCCAUUAGCCUCCGAUACCCAGAGUCAACCAUAACGCCAUCUAUCUACACUCGAUCAUUUCCCCAUGGAAAACGUUUCCCGCUGACUUGUCGACUCAACUGAAUGCAAAAUUUCAUCGUAUUCAUCAGAUGCAGGGCUCUGGCCCCGUCUCCAGCUGCUGAAGCACACCUGUCCUGUCCUCUCUGCUCCCCGUCCACGGCCUUCCUCCUCGCUGAGCCAUGACCACUCAGAGGGAUCUUGAUAUGGUACACCUCCGCCUUAUCCUGGUCAGUGGCAAAACACAGGACUUCACCUUCUCCCCAAAUGACUCGGCCACGGACAUCGCCAAGCACGUAUUUGACAACUGGCCUGCAGGGUGGGAGGAAGAGCGGGUGAGCAGUCCCAGUAUACUCCGCCUCAUUUUCCAGGGACGCUUCCUUCAUGGCAACGUCACCCUGGGAGCUCUAAAGCUGCCGCCGGGCCGAACAACUGUCAUGCACUUGGUUGCCAGGGAGACUCUUCCAGAGCCCAACUCUCAUGGCCAAAGGAACAGAGAAAAAACAACAGAGAGCAACUGCUGCCUCCUCUUGUAAAGCUACAGUAACGACCCCUUCCCUUCCUUUAAUUACACACACACAUGCACACACACAUAUAUAAAAUACACACACACACACACACAUUCAAACAAGCAUACACUCCCUCUCCGCUCUCUCCUGCCUGUCGUCCCGUCAGCUGCGGAUCUGGAAUAAAAUGCAGGAAGUCCGUUUGGCCCCCUCUCUCUCUGUCUCUCUCUCUCACACUUUGGUUGAACUGUCCAAUCUGAGGCUUUUUUGUGCCAAUAAUGUUCACUUUUCUGCCCCCAAACAUCUACUGUUGUUACUACUUUUUCUUUGAACAUCAUGACAUUGAACAACAUCGCAGAUCCCUUCACUGCUGGAGACAUUUUAAAGAGCUGUCAUGUAGUGAAAAAACAAAGCAAACAACAACAACAAAAAAAACAACCCAGGAACUCGCCUCUCUUCAUGGACACAGAAGUGCUAUAAAGGAUGUGUGGGCUUUAACCCUUCCCUACUAGUCACUUGGAUGUUUUCCCCAGGUCUUACUGAAUGGUGUUAACCCUCUCGUUGCACUUAAACCAGUUUAAUUCUAAAGUGUUUGCUGUGUUUCAUCUCCUCCUCCCUCGUGGCUUUUUGUUUUGGUCAGAUGAACAGACCUUAACCCCCCCCCCCCCCAAACCCAGGUGGUAGAAAACGUGCCAUCCUACUCACAGACUGUUUCUGCCUCUCAGUAACUGACGGUCAGCAGGCCGUCACCUGCGUCUGUUCAUGGACCAAUCGAGGAAGUACUUUUAUCUGGAAGAGUAAAAACACCUGAGGUUCCCCGGGAAACGGGAACAGACUCCCCGGUGAGGCUUGAAUAAAUGCGGUCAGAGGAUUUCAGCGGAUCACGUGCGCGCCAUCGGGUGUCGGGUUCGUUCCUCGAGACUUUAAUGACUAGGCUGUCGAUGCUCCCUGGUGAUGGGAGCCGGCACGGCGGGCCAGUUGAACGCAGACAGAAGAUGCGAGCGGGGAGCGGGUGUUGGUGUGACACCCGCCCCCCUCUACCGGACACUGAAAACGAGGCUGAGUUUCUCCCGUUGGAUGACUAGAGAGAAAAAAAAAGGAAAGUUUUGGUGGUGUUUCGCCUCCUUUUUUCAUUUGGAUGCUGUCGUUUCUUCUCGUUUGCCUUUUAUUGUGGAAUUCAGUAAUAUCAUUAAUAUUGAAAUUUAAAUAUAUCAAUUUUUAUCUUGUGUAUAUGUAUUUGUUGAAUUUUUGUGUGGGUGAGUUUGUGUGCGAGUGUGUCUGAGGGUGUGUGAUUGCGUGGCAUACUGUGGACUAAUUUGGGGGGUGGGGGGGCAAGUGGUCUUAAAAAAAAAAAAGAAGUUGGUGCACUGGGAGUGUUGAUGGGCUGUGGUUUCUUCAGAAACAGUUGGAAACCUUUUGAUUCCUUCCAUCGAGUGUCUUUUGGUUUUAUGUUUUUGUCAAUCAAUGUCACUGCUAUGAAGAUUAGCUCAGUAUGAAUAAAUGUACAAACUAAAAUGCAAUGUGGUCUACAUAAAAGCUUGUAUUAUAAAUUAAUAAAUCUUUACAUAAGGCAACUUCUGCAUA